AUGGUUAUGUCCCCGACUCAUUAUGCACCCCAUUUGUCAGAGUUCUACUCGAUUUUUGACAAUCAGGAAGAUCAGGAGCGACAGCAACAAACUAAGCCCAGGGGUGAACAUGCAGAAUCUAUUGAGCUAGGUUUGCAACAGGAGGCGUAUAGGAGAGGAGGUAAACGAUCGAUGUCGCUGGCAGAAUCGGCGGAUAGUUUUUCUCAGAUGCGCAGACCUUCAUCGAUACGGUCUACUUCAACUUCAAUAACAGAUUUGCAGACGCUAAUUACGAAGAAAGACAUGUCUCAAACCAAUGAUAUGAUGAACAAACUGGUGGAUGAAGUUGGUGACUACGCAUUAAGUCUGGUGGGAAAUGCCGCCAAAGCCAGCAAUGUUGCGUUUGCAUUGGAAAACAUGGCACAUUUGAAGGGUUGUAAUGAUGACUCUGCUGACAAGUUCUUGAAUGCGAGUGGUGUGUUUCAUCUUUUGGCAAAUCAUGAUCGAAUUAUUGCCAACUUGGUUACAGAGACACUAGUACCAUCGUUGCGUGAGAGGAUCAGUUUAUUUAGUACUGGUUACAAGGGAAAUGAAUUGUCAUUUAAGAAGAGGUUUAGGGAUGAAACUACAAAGUUGAAGUUACAGGAGCGUUAUAAUAUUGAGUUGGCCAAAAGGAAGAACAGAAAUUUAUUCUCGUACCGAGAAAGUUUAAUGAAUAUGCAGCAUUUAUUAGAUUCUCUUGAGGCCUUGAAACACGAUUAUUACCAGGAUUCCUAUGAUCUAGUUGAGUCUUCAUGCAAGGAUGUUUUGAAAGAUUUUGCGACCCUCACUAGAGCACAAAUUGAAAUUAGCGAGAAUUUGGCAAGAAAAGGCUGGUCAGGGGGCGGCCUUGAUAACUUAAUUGUAGAUGCAGAAGACCCUUUUAGUAAAGAUAAAGAGGAUACCGAUGAUAGCGACCUCUACAGAACAAGUAACGGCGGCGAACCUGGGGAAAGCCAUGAAGAUGCAGAUGCUGGCGAUUUCAGUGAGUCACUUCCAAGUGACAAAACUGUCAACAUUACUACUAACCCCAAUGAGGACGACAUUUCUAAGAAUGACUGCUCUGCUAACCGACAUUCAGAGGCAAAUAUUACUCCAGUAUCUUCAGCAGUAAAUCAUACCAUAACACCUUCUAGCUUCAAAAUUGAUAGCUACGAUGGAGUAGAGAAUUUAGAGGGUUUUAAAACAAACACCCUGGUUGAUUACUCAUUCUCUCUUCCAGCAACCGGCUCAAAGAGCCAAUCACACGAAAAUAAAAGUAAUGGCGAGAGUGAUCGGCAGCGAUAUCAUACAGUUCCGUCCAUACCGGAGGAAAUAGAAACGUCAGAUAAUAGUUCUUCAAGAUUGGUUUCUGGUGUUAGCAAGUUGGAUAUAACAGAAGUUAGUACAGAUGAUUAA